CACUCGGCUGGCUGCUCCCAGGCGCCCGCUCGCCGCCAUCUUGGAUCGGGGCUUCAUUGUUCGCUGUGGGACAGAUGGUUUAGUGCAAUUGCUGCCCACGAGGAAGGCGAAGUAACCUUCAGGCAACCGAGACAUCCCGCUAUUCCGUAGCCAUAGUCGCUCAGGCGUUUUGGGAACAGUAGAGGGCAGGGAGCUGGACCCAGAGGCACCGCCGCACCAGCUGCAGCCAUGGAGGACGAGAUGCCCAAGACUCUAUAUGUCGGUAAUCUUUCCAGAGACGUGACAGAAGCUCUCAUUCUGCAGCUCUUUAGCCAGAUUGGACCUUGUAAAAACUGCAAAAUGAUUAUGGAUACAGCCGGAAAUGAUCCGUAUUGUUUUGUGGAAUUUCAUGAGCAUCGUCAUGCAGCUGCAGCACUGGCUGCUAUGAAUGGACGGAAGAUAAUGGGUAAGGAAGUCAAAGUGAAUUGGGCAACAACUCCCAGCAGUCAAAAGAAAGAUACAAGCAGUAGUACCGUUGUCAGCACACAGCGUUCACAAGAUCAUUUCCAUGUGUUUGUUGGUGACCUCAGUCCAGAAAUUACAACUGAAGAUAUAAAAGCAGCUUUUGCACCAUUUGGAAGAAUAUCAGAUGCCCGAGUGGUCAAAGACAUGGCAACAGGAAAGUCUAAGGGAUAUGGCUUUGUCUCCUUUUUCAACAAAUGGGAUGCCGAAAAUGCUAUUCAGCAGAUGGGUGGCCAGUGGCUUGGUGGAAGACAAAUCAGAACUAACUGGGCAACCCGAAAGCCUCCAGCUCCAAAGAGUACAUAUGAGUCCAACACCAAGCAGCUAUCUUAUGAUGAGGUUGUCAGUCAGUCGAGUCCCAGCAAUUGUACUGUAUACUGUGGUGGUGUGACUUCCGGGCUGACAGAACAACUAAUGCGUCAGACUUUUUCACCAUUUGGACAAAUAAUGGAAAUUCGAGUCUUCCCAGAUAAAGGAUAUUCAUUUGUUCGGUUCAAUUCCCAUGAAAGUGCAGCACAUGCAAUUGUUUCUGUUAAUGGUACUACCAUUGAAGGUCAUGUUGUGAAAUGCUAUUGGGGCAAAGAAACUCUUGAUAUGAUAAAUCCCAUGCAACAGCAGAAUCAAAUUGGAUAUCCACCAGCAUAUGGCCAGUGGGGUCAGUGGUAUGGAAAUGCACAGCAGAUUGGCCAGUACAUGCCCAAUGGUUGGCAAGUCCCCGCCUAUGGAAUGUAUGGCCAGCCAUGGAGCCAGCAAGGGUUCAAACCCAGUCUUCCACACCUUGGAUGGGACCAAAUUACGGAGUGCAGACACCACAAGGCCAGAAUGGCAGUAUGUUGCCUAAUCAGCAUGCUGGUUAUCGAGUGGCAGGAUAUGAAACCCAGUGAGAAAGGACUCCAGAAUCAAAAGCCAGUGGCUUGAGGCUACAGGGAGUGUAGUAAAGCCGUUGUUUACUUAAAGAUUUAUCAAAUCAGCCAGUGCAAAUGUCAGAUACAAUGUAUUUAUUUAAAAGAUUCAUUUUUUAAUCAUGAAAUUACUUUUUAUCCACAUUGUUUUAAAAGGAACAAGAUGGUGGAUGUCUGCCAAUUUUUGCCUUCAUUACCUUUUUUGAUAACGUUUCUCAGAUCCUUGUUUCAAACACAAAUGCAGGGAUUACUGCCACUUUUUAAAAAUUAAGAGGCAGAAAAUUGCACAAUGUUGAACUUUUUUCCACUAAAAGUAGUACGCAGUUUAGUUUGCAUUCCUGAUAUGAUUUAAAAUAUGUAAUAUAAAAAUGUAAAAAGAAAAAGAAAAUCCAAACUUGUGCAAAGUCUUGAAAUUCUUUGUAAUCUCCAGCUUGUGCACAAUUCUGUCUUAAGUUAAAAAGAAUAGGCAUUGCUUGAGCUUUACCAUCUUCACUCUUAUCCCCUUGGAAUAUUUAAAUUAUUAGUUUAUAUCAUUUUUGUAUCUACAUUUUUUCACAAAUUUGUCCUGCCUUAUUAAAGUUCUGUAAAAUACUCUUAAAUGGAAAAAAGUGAUAUUAAUUUACAUUGAAAACUUUUCUCAGAUGGAUUGAUAAUUGUAUUCAUCUUGUGUUUUAUAUGAGAAGGUGCCUCAAGAAUUCACUGUUGGAAUUGUUUAAAAAGGAUUUUUUAUCUUCUGUGAUAAACUUUGCUGUGUACCAGGAACUGUAAAAACAAAAACUUGUUACUAAAGAAAAUCUCUGAAAUGUGAUAAGCUCUUAUGCCAUGUCAACUUCAUAUGUCAGUGUCUACAUUUAUGUGUAUUUUUUCAUUUUGUAAUAUGUUUCAAGUGUCAGUAAGCUAAUCUUUUGCACAGUUAGCAAACUUUGUAUGUCAUUUCCUUUUUAAAGGCAUCAUGCAGAAUUGACUUGACAAGGUUUUAAGUUUGCAUGUGAGUAUCAAAUACACACUUUGGUAGUCUUUGAAUAUGUCAUCUGCUCUUGUUUUUCAAGAAUUUUGAAACAACAGUUUUAUGUAAAAGAAUAUGUUAAUUUGACAUUUUCUAGUUAGAUUUAUUUAAAAGAGUAAAUCAACUUUAAUAUGUACACAUGAUAGCUGUGAAACUAUCAAAUAUUCUUAUGUCAGGCUUGGGAUUCUUGUAAACUCUAAGAUUACCAGCCAGGCAAAGAUAAAAACAAAUAAAAAACCCUUAAAUCCUACCUCCUUAAAUAGCCUUCAAAGAGGUGAAUCCUCAGUGCAAUCAUUAUUUUCACCCUUUUGGUACCAGAUUUUUUGGAGUUCCUACUUCAUUACUUUGGGGUAGCUCCGAGCAUUAAGAGAUUUAAUCUUUGAUGGCAUUCUAGUUUUGGAAUUUCUAGUACAUUUGAAUCUCUUAAAAGAGUUGUGGGAACUUUGGUUUGCUGUAGUUUCAUGAAUGUCACAUACCUUAACACAGAGAGGAAGGGUCUCUUUUUCUUGUAUUUUAGAAGUUAUGUUUUUGAGAUCUACAUAAACCUUCCAACAUUUCAUUUAGGAAGAGAAGAAGCCUCUGAACUCUUCAGUUGCCUGACCUAUACCUUCCAGGUGGGAGCAAAUGACUCUAAAGUUGGUUUGUCAACCAAACUCUUGUAAACCAGUGCCCAGGAAAGACAGCUCUAAGUGUAUAAUUUUUUGGAGCUCAAUUCUAUGCAGUUGUAGUGAUGUUUCAUUAAGUAACUGUGUACUUUUAAGUAUUGAUACAUUAAAAUUUGCUUUAUGGAA